GGGGAGAGGCUGGGAAAAGACGGCAGCACAAGCGAGGGAGAGCUUCACCGUCUGUGGCCCUCUGUCCGCUCGUCCUCCUCAAUGCCUGCAAACAACACAUCGCCCUAACCGAUAACAAGAACACUGCACGAUCGAACGGUAUCGCUUUAGCUUCUGAAAUGGAGAGAUGUCUAUGAUCCAGAUGUCAUGAAGAGAUUAUAUCAAUAACAGAUCUUCAGAUUCAUCCAGCCAGUCUACAGUAACUGAACGAAAGUGGAUUCCCUGAUACCCUUCAUUUGCUUGUCUGAACUCCAUAGUUUUGCUUUCACUCGUCCACUGCUAUAAAUGAGUGUCUCCGAAAGCGAGAUCAGAGCUGGGGUACAAACCAGAACCCACGCAGAAUGUCCUGGAUUAACGGCUUCCUAGUGGCCAGAGUGGAUGAUCGCAAGACUGCGUGGGGUGAGCGCAAUGGCAAGAAGUCCAAGCGCAAGGUUGGCUCCUCUCUCUGCAACCCACGCUACAUGAGCUGCCUGCGGGACGUGGAAGCCAUGGAGCCCCCUCCCCAGCCGCCGCAAGCCCAUGCCACCCGGUCUGGAGGAGGAGGGGGAGUUGGAGGUACCGGCGGGGGCAACUUCAGAGUGCGCUGCGGAUGGCAGGAAGACCAUUAUGGGAAAGUGGGGGGUGGGGGGGAAGGAGUGGGGCUUAAAUCUGUGGACCUGGGUUUUGAGGAUGGAGAGGUGAAGGGACGGAAAGGGGGCGGUGCGGGGUGCGACGGCUCCAGCGAGGACACGGCCAGCGGAGUGGGGUCAGUAACAGCGGCUGACUGCUGGCAAAGGGUGGUGCGCGUGUUCCAGUCCAAGAAGUUUCAGUCUCGCAAACUGGAGCGUCUCUACCAGCGCUACUUCUUCAGGCUCAACCAGAGCUCCCUCACAAUGCUGAUGGGCGUGUUGGUGAUUGUUUGUGGGGUCAUGCUGACCUUCCACUGCAUCCACGGGCCGCCCAACGUGGUCUACGCCUCUGUGCUCUCCGUGGCGAUGACCCUCUUCUUGGCACUAAUGGUGGUGUGCAACCGAAACGGGUUCCACCAGGACUACAUGUGGAUGGUCAGCUACCUUGUGAUUGGAGUGCUUAUUGUGGUGCAGGUGUUUGGGGUGCUGAUGGUGGCCCCUCGCAGUGCCUCGGAAGGCAUCUGGUGGUCCGUAUUCUUCAUCUACAUCAUCUACACGUUGCUACCGGUGCGGAUGAGGGCGGCAGUGCUCAGCGGAGGAGUGCUCUCCUCCAUACACCUCCUCACCAUGUGGAGGAUCAAUCAGGAUGAUGAGUUCCUCUGGAAACAGCUGAGCGCGAAUGUGCUGAUAUUCCUGUGCACCAAUAUCAUCGGGAUCUGCACGCACUACCCGGCGGAGGUGUCUCAGAGACAGGCCUUUCAGGAAACGAGAGGCUACAUCCAGGCCCGACUGCACCUGCAGAGAGAGAACCAACAGCAGGAACGCCUGUUGCUCUCUGUUUUGCCAAGGCAUGUCGCCAUGGAAAUGAAGGCUGACAUCAACGCUAAGAAAGAAGACAUGAUGUUCCACAAGAUCUACAUCCAGAAACACGAUAAUGUCAGUAUUCUGUUUGCAGACAUUGAGGGUUUUACGAGUCUGGCGUCACAGUGCACUGCACAGGAGCUGGUCAUGACUCUGAACGAGCUGUUUGCCCGCUUUGACAAGCUGGCCUCAGAGAACCACUGCUUACGGAUUAAGAUCCUGGGGGAUUGUUACUACUGUGUGUCAGGGUUACCUGAGCCCAGGGCCGAUCACGCUCACUGCUGUGUGGAAAUGGGAGUGGACAUGAUUGAAGCCAUCUCGUUGGUGCGAGAGGUCACAGGGGUCAAUGUAAACAUGCGAGUGGGCAUCCAUAGUGGCCGUGUGCACUGUGGAGUUCUUGGAUUGAGGAAGUGGCAGUUUGAUGUGUGGUCCAAUGAUGUCACGUUAGCUAACCACAUGGAGGCUGGCGGCAAAGCUGGGAGAAUUCACAUCACUAAAGCAACUUUACAGUACCUGAAUGGAGACUAUGAGGUGGAACCAGGUUUUGGAGGGGAUAGGAAUGCCUACUUGAAAGAAAACAGCAUUGAGACCUUCUUAGUACUGGGCUGCAGUCAGAAACGGAAAGAGGAGAAGGCCAUGAUGGCUAAGAUGCAACGCACACGGACAAACUCUAUGGAGGGUCUGGUGCCACGAUGGGUUCCUGACAGAUCUUUCUCCAGGACUAAAGACUCCAAAGUCUUCAGACAGAUGGGUAUCGAUGAAACUACCAGCAAAGACAACCGUGGUGCUCAGGAGGCUUUGAACCCGGAAGACGAGGUGGAUGAGUUUUUGGGGCGUGCCAUCGAUGCUCGCAGUAUUGACCAGCUCCGCAAAGACCACGUGAAGAAGUUCAUCCUCACCUUCCAAACCUCCAGCCUGGAGAAGAAGUAUGCUAAGAAGGUAGAUGAUCGUUUCGGAGGUUAUGUGGCCUGCACACUGCUGGUCUUCUGUUUCAUCUCCUUUAUUCAGAUCGUCAUAUUCCCACAUACUCUGGUCAUGCUGGGGAUUUACAUCAGUAUCUUCGUCAUUCUUGCCAACAUCCUCUUCAUCUGUGCCAUUUACUCCUGUGUGAAGCUCUUCCCGGCUGCUAUGCAGACUGUUUCCAAGAAGAUUGUUCAGUCUCGCACCAACAGCACACUGGUGGGAGUUUUCACCAUCAUCCUCGUCUUCAUCUCUGCCUUUGUCAAUAUGUUUUCCUGUGACACAGAGAAUCUGGUGGACUGUGUAGCAGAGCAGUUUAACUGGUCAUCGUCAGAGAUGGUGACUCCCUGUGUCAUUCACAACCUGUCUCGCUCUGCAUCGGACGGUCUAGAUAUCUGUCCCAGCAACACUCCCUCCUGCCCCUUUCCUGAGUAUUUCAGCUACAGUGUGCUGCUGACGCUGUUGGCCUGCUCAGUGUUCCUGCAGAUCAGUAGUAUUGGGAAGCUGGCUUUAAUGCUGCUCAUCCAGCUCAUCUUCCUGCUUCUUGUGGAGUGGCCAGAGGUGGCGCUGUUUGACAAUGCUGACCUCUUCGUAACUGCCAAUGCGCUCAUUUUCAAUGACACACUGCAAUGGUCCAAUCUCAGUGCAACUACUGAUCAGUGUCCUUUCAGGGUGACUAAAGUGUCCCUAAAGGUCAUGACCCCAGUGAUCCUCACCGUGUUUGUACUGGCACUGUACCUACAUGCCCAGCAAGUGGAGUCUACAGCCCGUCUAGACUUCCUCUGGAAACUUCAGGCCACAGAAGAGAAGGAGGAAAUGGAGGAACUUCAAGCCUACAACCGCCGGCUCCUGCACAACAUCCUGCCCAAAGAUGUGGCCGCCCACUUUCUAGCCCGAGAGCGGAGGAAUGACGAGCUGUACUACCAGUCAUGUGAGUGUGUGGCAGUCAUGUUCGCCUCCAUCAGCAACUUCUCCGAGUUCUACGUGGAGCUGGAGGCCAACAACGAGGGAGUGGAGUGUCUGAGGCUUCUCAAUGAGAUCAUCGCUGAUUUUGACGAGAUUAUAAGUGAGGAGAAAUACAGGCAGCUAGAGAAGAUAAAGACCAUUGGCAGCACCUACAUGGCCGCAUCCGGCCUCAACGACUCCACCUAUGACAAAGAAGGCCGCUCGCAUAUUACCGCCCUCGCCGACUACGCCAUGCAUCUCCGUGAACAGAUGAAGUACAUUAAUGAGCAUUCCUUCAACAACUUCCAAAUGAAGAUUGGACUGAACAUCGGCCCAGUGGUUGCAGGAGUUAUUGGAGCGAGGAAGCCCCAGUAUGAUAUCUGGGGAAACACAGUUAACGUGGCCAGUCGAAUGGACAGUACAGGUGUCCCAGACCGUAUUCAGGUGACCACAGACCUGCACCAGGUAUUGGCCAGUAAAGGUUACCAGCUGGAGUGUCGAGGGGUCAUAAAGGUCAAAGGCAAGGGUGAGAUGACCACUUACUUCCUGAACAACGGACCUCCCAACAGUUAGCAGCGCAUUAGCAUUCCUUUGGACUCCCACAGUUCCCCAGUGAGGAGGAUUGCUCGCGGCAACCUGAAGACAAACAAGUAGACAUUGCCAUCACUGGAAGAAAAAACAAGCAAAACAAGAAA